AUGAGGACACAACCGGCCGGAAGGGUGGUGCGCCAAAAAAAACUCAAUAGAUCCACCCAUCAACAAAUUCUUCGAGAAGACCAGAUAGAAUCUGCAGAAUAUGAUUCUUUGCAAGGUCAAUACAAGGUCGAGACUGGUGUCGAGAAAGGCGAAGAAAAUGAAUACCAUCUUCAAGCUGCUCUGGCAGCUAGUCACUCUUCGGGCGAUAAGGAUGGCCCACAAGAGAUUCCCGCUCCUCCUGCGCAAGAAGGUACCGAUAUUGACUAUGAAUCCUUAUACUCGAGGAAAUUUGAAAAACCUGCGACCUACAUCCGCUUUUCGCAGACCGUGGAAGAAUGCAUUGGGUGUCAAUAUAACAUGACCACCGAAGAUGACAUCUUUCUAAAAGAUCAUAAUAAGAAAAAGACUCUUUCAAAUCAACAGCUUUCGGAAGAUCACUUCGAAAAGCUAAUGGAACUUUUCGAAGACACUGCCGACACCCACACCCCCUAUGCAGCAGUUGACAAUACCUUGGUGAGCUUUGAGACCAUGAAGGAAGCUAUGAAAGAACGAGGGGAAGAAAAAAUACCUGCAUACGUGAAAGACAUAUAUGAGUACUGGAAAACUCGACGGCAAGAGUGUGAGAACCGUGGCAUUCAGCCUAGUCUGAAGUUCGAGACGCACCAGGAUAUUGACGAAGGCGAUCCAUACGUUUGCUUCCGCCGGCGUGAAGUCAGAGCUACCAGGAAAACCAGAGCACGAGACAUGCAAAUUACAGACAAAGUAAGAAAACUGAGAAAGGAAAUGGAAGAGGCAAGACUCCUCAUCAGAAUGGCGACUGAACGAGAAAUACUCAAGAGGGACCUCUUGCAAUGUGAACGUUCAGUUUUCCGGUCUCGUAGUGAAAUCAAGAGCCUCAAGGUCAAGCUGGGUAUCAAGAGUGAUCCUGAUGACGAACUUCUCAUCAACCAGAAGGUAUGCAUGCUCUCCUUCCUUGAACGAAAGCCAGGAAAUCCUAUUGACAGUUCAAAGCCGCAGAAGAGAAAGGCUCCCGACUUUCAGAAUGCGCCACGACCUCUACCUCCACUCCGUAUUCCAGCUCGUCCUGAUGGUCGUGGAAUUGAAAUGGAUCUGAUAUUAUUAAGUGAUCAGCUGGCCCAAAAAGAGAAUAUGUUGCAAAGAGAACUAGAGGAAAAAUCUGCCCAGCAUGUCAAGUGGAACGAGAACUACAUCGACUGCACAAGAGAACCACUCUUACCGGUUGAAGGACAAAGCUCUAGCACGGGUUUCCGUCCUGCGAUGGCCCAAUACAGUCAUAAUUUGCUGACACCACCAUCAUCUGUGACUUCGGAAACCUUUGAACAAGUGUCUCUAGUGAACCAAAACAAGCCGGAUGCAGUGACCGUGCGGUAUAGUACACCUCCCGAGGAAGAUGAUCGUCGUGCGCGACCAGCAUACCGGAGACGAAUUGGCCGAGGUGGUCGCCUUUGGAUAGACCGGAGGGGCAUGUCUAUAGCCGCCAGUAAAGGCGCAGAGAGGAAUUCUGAACGUUGGAAAUAUGACCAGGAUGACGAUGACGAUGACGAUGAUGGACAACCUGUAUAUGAGAUAGAUCCAUAUGAUACCAACCCUCUACGUUUCAGAUCCACGAUACCUCUCUCUGGCCAUCUAUAUCCGGAUUUACAUUUACAUCGGCAAAGAAUGUUCCAGCAGGCAUCGCAAUCGAACAGGGCUGGUACUGGAGGUAGUCCUGUGAACAACCGAGCAAUCGGGCCUCCAUCACAACCGCACCAACCUAGUAAUUAG